GAGGGGGGAUGCCUAACAUUCUAGAGAGCAUUUGAUUGGACAGAAAAUCUGAUGAGAAUCUGAAGUGUUCAUCAAAAUCAUUAAUUCAUAUUGGCGGAAGUGAGAGACUGCAAGUUUUGAACACUUAUAUCUUCUAAAUGCGAAUUUUGUCAUUGGUUUGGAGCACACCAGCUUAUAACAGUAAGGCUAACUUAUUCAUAAGCCAAAAAAAAAAAAUAAUAAUAAUUUCAUGGGGACUUUAACAUCUAUACAAACACACAUGUAUGGGCGGGUCUAUUUGUGCUAGUGGUUUAAAUAAUUACAGCUUAAUAAUUUAAAACAAUAUGUAUUAAUUGUAACUCAUGUAAAUAUGAAAUUACCACCCAUCCUGUAGCUAUAACAGACGUGGGUUUAUGUGUUUGUGUGUCUUGAAAAAUAAUAGAAUAAUGUUAUUUUCCAACUAGCAAAACGUUUGAUGCAUAUGCAUGCAAAUUUAGUCCUUACAGGAGGGACGUGUUUUAAUAAAUGCAAAUAUUUGUCGGAGAUGUAUAGUCUACGUUUAACGAUUAAAGGCGAAUCUAAAAAUAAAGGGUUACUGGUUUCCAGCUCCAAGUGUGGGCUUGUGCCUAUAGUGAACAGAUGACCGCACUACAGGAGAAAGGUUAGCUUGCAGCCAAGUUUACACACUGCGAAGCGUUUUGCUCCGGAGCGGAUAGAGGCACCGAAUGCUGCGGCGCACUGCAACGGUCAUUAUGAGAGAAGAUCGAGGGACGCCAUGGACAAACAGAGCCUAGAUUAAGAUGAAAAGAGGAUGUUCUUCAAGGUACUUCAACCACAAAAUCUUCUCCUCGUCUUAAUGUCUCAUUAAACUCUCCAACAUGUCUUUUCCGCAUACCUUUGUGAUCCAUCCCGAAACAGAACCGGUUUCACCUGAUCCUCCGCUAUGAUCGCGGCCAGCGCGUUAGCUCAACAAAGGCGAUCCCGGUAUAGAAUCGCUACGGACGGUCUGUCACCAUCGGUAAGGGACCCGCACACCUCUUUUAUUUUCAAUUUCAACCGUUUCGCUUGGUGGACAGCUGCCAGAUAUUCUAGCUACCCUGGAGUCCGUAGAAGGAAAGGGCUGGGAUGGAGAAGUGUUGUCGCAGCUGUAUGCCAUGCCUGAAGAGGUUAUGGGACUGGAUAUGGCCCGAAUUUUACUAUCCGAAUGUCGUUCGUCCGGCCGAGAUCCGCACCGUUUCAGGUGAUAUUCGGGUCCCGGCUCCUAAGAAGAAGCCGUCGCAGCUGUACGCGGCUCUGUUCGACUUCGAAGCCCGCAGUGAGGAAGAGCUGACGGUGAAAGAAGGGGACAAACUGUCUGUCAUAGAAAAGAGGGGAGAUUAUGUACUUGCCAAGAAGCUGACGGGAUCCCUGGAGUCCGGACUGGUCCCUGCUAAUUAUGUGGCCCUAGUACAGGAUGAAUUCGCUAACUACAAAUGGUACUAUGGGAAUAUAAAUAGACAAAAGGCUGAGAAGCUGCUUUUGGCUUCUCAGAAUAAAACCGGUUCCUUUCUGGUGAGGAUCAGUGAGAGCCACAGCGAUGAAUAUACUAUCUCAGCCAGAAGUGAAAAUAGUGUCUUCCAUUUCCGUAUUCAUCGCUCAGCUAUUGGUGCUUACUUUGUAUCCGACAAGAUCUCUUUUGGCACUCUGGAUGAGCUCAUCAGAUACUACCAGCACAACUCCAGAAGUCUGGGAUGCCCCUUAGACCAGCCGUGCGUACAGCAAAGGGAGUUGUUUGACAUGGAACCAUGGGAGCGGCCGAGGGAGGAGUUUCAGCUACUCAAGAAGCUUGGGGAAGGCCAUUUCGGAGAAGUCUGGGAAGCUGUCUGGACCACAAAGAAGCAGAAAGUGGCCAUCAAGAUGCUCAAACAAGAGGACACAAAGGUGGAUGAGUUUGUGAAGGAGGUUCACGCACUGAAGAACCUGCACCAUCCGAAACUCAUUCAGCUGUUGGCUCUCUGCACACGAGGAGAGCCGGUCUACAUUGUCACAGAGCUCAUGACUAAAGGAAGUCUCAAAUCAUACCUUUCUUCACCGGAGGGUCAGGUGUUGACCUCUGCUCACCUGAUCUACAUGGCUGGUCAGAUAGCAGAAGGAAUGGCGUAUCUGGAAGAUCGACACAUUGUCCACAGAGAUUUAGCAGCUCGAAACAUCCUGGUUGGAGAAGACCUGGUGUGUAAAGUGGCUGACUUUGGUCUGGCUCGCAUCAUCAAGGAUAGUGUGUAUACAGCUAGUAGAAACACCAAGAUUCCUGUGCGGUGGACGGCUCCAGAAGCUGCUCUCUACCAGCGUUUCUCCGUCAAAUCUGAUGUCUGGUCCUUUGGAGUGCUGCUGUACGAGAUGAUGUCACGUGGAAAGAUGCCGUAUGAUGGGAAGAACAAUAAGGAGGUGUUGGAGAUCCUGUCAUCGGGUUACAGGUUACCGUGUCCAAAUCGCUGCCCCCCAAACAUCUACCGCAUUAUGAUGGAAUGCUGGCACGCGGAGGCUUCCAAACGGCCCUCGUUCCACGCCCUUCACAGUCAGCUGGACAACAUCUACUCCAGACUCUACUUCAAAACCAUUGAGGUGUAGAAGAGGUGGACUGAAAGGGACAGAAGGGAGAGUGAAGAAAAGAUUUGCAUGGACAAAAGUGCAGAUAAGAUAGACGCUCUUUUUGAUUGCUUGUGUUAAUGAAGUUAUGUGCAAUAAUAAAUGCUUGUUAAAGAGUAGAAAAGAUUCCAUGAGAGUGGAAGAAAGGAACGGAACUUGUAAAAGAGGAAACGUGCAUCAUCUUAAUCUGACAGGGCCAGAUUAUCUGUAGCUUGUCAUAGCGACUCCUGAUCAUCAGUGGAUCAAGAUAUCGAACACUGUUAUGCACCAUCAUAAUAUGCAUCAUUCGCCCUGCACUUAAGUUUAUUUUGCGCUAAAGUUGAUCUGGCCCAUUCAGUUUCUGUAGCAAUAGGAACAGGAGAUUAUUUAAUCAGAUCGGAGUUUAUGUUUACAAAAGAUUCACCUGCCAGUGUACGGACAGGUGUCGAGACGGUGAAAACUACGGCCGUUAUAAUUUAUAACUGUUGAGUGUCUUUAGCCUAUGUGAAGGCAGGCUGCACAAAUAACUGUUUUCUACCAGGUACACGAUCGUGUAACUUACACUGUGGUUAACACAGGAGCCAUAUGACAAAAGCUACCUGGGUAGGUUUCCUCAUGAUCGGUUUCGUAGAAAUCACAUCCAUGUCAAAAGUCUGUUGUCUUCCAAUGGAUUAUACAAAAAUGAAUUCUUAAAAUAACUCUUGUAAAUAAAGUAUUUUUUCAGUA